CUGGCCGGACUCCGGCGUCAGCGUUCGCUGCCCACGCUGGCUGGCUCGCUGGCUGGCUGGUGCCAUACAUACCCUUCCGACACACAGGGUUGCCAGAAUGGUUGCAAUCCGAGACUUGUCCUAAAGCUCGAUGCUCCUUUCCUCUCCCUGUCAGUAGCUUCGAGAGGAGGAGGCGGAGGGAGGGAGAGAGCGAGCGAGCGAGCGACGGAGGGAGGUCUCGGUUCGGCGAGCAGCGCUUGCAGGGAGCUUUUAUUGCGCAACUGAUUCGAUCGCGGUUGGGUUUUGGUUUUGUGAUUGUUUGUCGAGGGAGGGGGAGAUCGUUUGCUGUCGGAGUAUAGAGAGAGGGGGGAGAGAGAGAGAGAGAGAGCGCUCAUGGCUUCGUUCGCGCACUCGCACUUUUUGAACCCGUCGACAUCGACGAGUCAGAGUGCGUGUACGUGCGGCUCGUUCGUGGCAGGCCCUUUCAACAACUUCCAGUGCAGAUGUGCGGAGCGGCGCGGUGUUGCCAACAUGAAUACCGAGUUGAAAGCGAAGCUGAAAUUUCUGCAAUCCUUUGAGCCUGGUCCUAUGAGCGAUUCUUUUCGAGGAGACUUGAAGCUGAUGGGCAGCGAUAACAUUCCCGUUUAUGCGCACCGAUUUAUUAUGUCGGGCAAGUCGCCCGUAUUCAAGAAGAUGUUCGAGACUGAGAUGGAGGAAAAGGAGACAGGUGUCGUUAAAAUUGUGGAUUUCACUGCUCCUGUCUUACGAGCCAUGGUCAACUUCUGCUACACCGCAGAAAUUGCCUUCUCCAUCACAGCACCUGCUGAGGAAGUGCUGAAGGUUGCUCACAAGUAUGAUAUUCCUGAACUCAAGAUAGUCUCUGAAGACGAACUCUCAAGAGGUUUUACAACAAACAACAUAUGUCUUAGACUGUGGCUUGCUUCUAUGUACGGGUCGAAAAAGUUGGAGACCGAAGCUAGCAAAUAUGUAAAAGAUAACUUCGAGACAAUUUUCCCGAUUAUCAGAAAGCAAAUAGUCCCAGGUUCGUUUGGCUUCUCAUUUCAAAAAGGUCAGUCUCUCUGGGAACUGUCCAAGUCAUCCAUUGGAUCUUGAUAUCCAUAUUCAGGCGAUGAUUUUCGUGUCUAAUAUGUUUUGAAGUGUAUAUAAGUCAAUGCGGUACUGGAUGAACUGAUAGGAAGCGCUGUUUGCAAACACUUUUGGUUGUGUAUAAGUGUCAUUGAUCAGCAAUAUGAAUUUACCAAUGGCGU